AAGUCACGUGGUCGAACAAUAUCGUUUCAAGGGCAAUUUUUCCGAAGUGUUUUCAUUAGCUAACACGUGUAAUUACUAGCUACAGUGUCAUUUCUUAAAUACAAUAUUAUAGCAAUUAGAUAUGGACGGAUUUGGUUCCGAUUUUUCAUCAGGUGCUGGGUCCGGUAAAAUGGAUACCGGCACAAUCAUGGAGCAAGUAAAGGUACAGAUUGCGGUGGCUAAUGCGCAAGAGCUCUUGCAGAGAAUGACAGACAAAUGUUUCAAGAAAUGCAUAGGCAAACCUGGAGGCACGUUGGACAACUCUGAACAGAAAUGCAUCGCUAUGUGCAUGGAUCGAUAUAUGGAUGCAUGGAAUACUGUGUCCCGUGCCUACAACUCCAGACUACAGAGGGAAAGAGCUCGUAUAUGAACAUUGUCCUAUUCUGCCAGCCACACCUUUUGCAAAGCCAAAACGUAUGGCAGGGAAGGUGUUCAUGGCUGAGGCUGCAAGAGCUUAUGUGGCAUGAUGACACACACAUUUCUGUGAGAACACCUAACGGACAGGUUUGGAGACCCUGUGAAUGGCAGCAAUAAUGGUAGUGGACAUUUUCCUUUCACUAAAAGGAUAUUUUAACAAAUUGAUAUCUUCUAUUGUUUUUUAUUAUUAUUAUUAUUAAAAGUGUCAUGAAAUAAUAAUGUUAAAAAGGAAAUAUUCUCUGCAAUUAUAAUGUAAAACUCUCUAACUGUCCCCUAAAAGUUCAGUGCCAGGUACCUAUUCUUCAGUUGGCUACUGGCUAUGAGUGUGGGUGAAACCCCAGUUCCCUGAUGGGAUUAGGUACCUAUUCUUCAGUUGGCUACUGGCUAUGAGUGUGGGUGAAACCCCAGUUCCCUGAUGGGAUUAGGUACCUAUUCUUCAGUUGGCUACUGGCUAUGAGUGUGGGUGAAACCCCAGUUCCCUGAUGGGAUUAGGUACCUAUUCUUCAGUUGGCUACUGGCUAUGAGUGUGGGUAAAACCCCAGUUCCCUGAUGUGAUUAGGCAAGGCUUCUUUUACCACCUUGCUAAACCUGGUUUCUUCCCUGUGGAAGAACUGAGGAACAAUUUUUUUUUUUCAUAACUGUGAACCAGGCACUCGGACCAGCUAAACAAUCCUAUAUAAUACGUGUCGAGAACAAAACAGUAUUCAGUUGUUCCAGUUGUCACUAUCUGCCCUAGUGGAUCUGUUUAACAGGGUCUGCUGUGGUGCAGACUUUGUAUUGAACCUGUUUUGAACCUGGCUGCUUUGUGUGCUUCGUUUGUUAGAUUACUGGGAACAGCUCUCCUUCAUUCAUCCCUUUGAUUUGUGUAAGGAAGUAAAGAUAUAGGUGCCGCUGCUCAGAAGUGUGUUUGUGACUGACUGGAAUUGCCUUUUUCACUUGUGAGACGUAAAUAAAUAAAUUCUGAUCAAG